UAUUUUUUUUUUUUUCAUCUUGUUUUAGUCUCUUUCCUUCACAAAAAAAAAAAAUAAUAACAAUAAUAUUUCUGCUCUUCAGUUUUUUUCGACUACUAUUAAUACCGUGGAGAACCAGCAAGGUAUACUUCCUUCGUUCUCUCUUAUCUGCUUAGAAAUUUUGCAGAGCUUUAAGGAUAUAUAGAAUGAAUGGCCUUACAAGUCUCGAAACAGAUUACUUGGAGUUUGUUGAAGUUGAUCCUACUGGCAGAUAUAGAAGAUACAAUGAAAUUCUUGGCAAAGGAGCUUCAAAGACUGUUUAUAAAGCCUUUGAUGAGUAUGAAGGAAUUGAGGUAGCUUGGAAUCAGGUGAGGCUCUGUGAUUCCCUCCAGAGACCUGAGGAUCUUGAGAGGCUUUACUGUGAAAUUCACCUACUCAAGACUUUAAACCAUGAAAACAUCAUGAAAUUUUAUACUUCUUGGGUUGAUACUGCUAACAGGAACAUCAACUUUGUCACUGAGAUGUUCACCUCUGGUACUCUAAGACAGUAUAGGCUAAAACACAGGAGAGUAAAUAUUAGAGCCGUCAAGCAUUGGUGUAGGCAGAUACUGAAGGGGCUUCUCUAUCUUCACAGCCACGACCCCCCUGUUAUCCACAGAGAUCUCAAGUGUGACAACAUUUUUGUUAAUGGUAACCAGGGAGAAGUCAAAAUUGGUGAUCUUGGCCUUGCUGCAAUUCUUAAGAAAUCCUACGCUGCUCACUGUGUUGGAACACCAGAAUUCAUGGCUCCAGAGGUGUACGAGGAGGAGUAUAAUGAAUUAGUUGACAUCUAUUCUUUUGGGAUGUGUGUCUUGGAGAUGGUCACCUUUGAUUAUCCAUACAGUGAAUGCAACCACGCUGGUCAGAUUUAUAAGAAAGUCGUAUCUGGGAAAAAACCUGAUUCUUUGUUCAAAGUAAAAGAUCCUGAUGUGCGGCAAUUUGUUGAGAAAUGUCUAGCAACUGUGUCCGCUAGGCUCUCAGCCAGAGAGCUUUUAAAUGACCCUUUUCUUCUAAUUGAUGAUUGUGGAUUUGAUUUGAGACCAAUAGAUUAUGACCAAGGAGACUUGAAUGGAGCAGGUCCUCUCGUGACACAACCUCUCUAUGGAAUUCAUUGCAGCAACAGCUCUUUGACCAAUGGUUACACUGAUUAUCUGGGUUAUGAUCUUGAGAAUGAAAUAGAAUACCAUCAACUUGAGCUUGAGACAAGCCCAAUUGAUCUUUUCAUCUGUCAAGAGGAUGAACAUUUGGGAAAUGUUGACAUUGCAAUUAAAGGGAGGUGGAGAGAGGAUGAUGGCAUCUUCUUGAGGCUCAGGGUUGCAGAUAAGGAAGGCCACAUACGAAACAUCUACUUUCCAUUUGACAUUGAGACUGAUACUGGAUUUAGUGUUGCGACUGAAAUGUUCGAUGAGCUUGGUAUUACAGACCAAGAUGUUUUGAAGAUAGCAGACAUGAUCGAUGGUGAAAUCUCAACCCUAGUACCGGAAUGGAAGAGGGGGCUGGGAAUACAGCAAAGUCCACAGUGCACAGAUGCAAGUUUUUGUCAGAAUUGUGCUUCACAUGGUAACCUCCUGGAUUAUUUUUCAUCAAACAGUUCAGGCACCAGGAACCUGGAAGUCCUUCCGUGUUCUAAACAUGGAUGUGCAGCUGUGCACGGGCGGUUCGAGGAAAUCACAUAUCAAGUCAAAGGCCCUGAGCAAAGUACCAUUACUGAUUGUGCCCCUGUUUCACCAAGCCAAUCUACAACAAUCAAUUGUACUGACAUUUGGGCUCAGCGAAAUGCACCCAAUUCACAAGGAUCUAGAGAGAUUCAUUGUGGGCAGGGUCACAUCGCGACAAACCACACAAUCUUUGAGGAGCAAGAAAGAAUAGUAAACAUGGACACUCAUAGAGAAUCCAGCGCAAGAAAAUCUACCUGCGAGAAUCCUUCAGCAUUUAGCACCGCUUACUGGGAUGAUUAUGAGAACGAAAUUAGGCAAGAAUUAAGAUGGCUUAAAGCCAAGUAUCAGAUGCAGUUAAGGGAGCUCAAAGACCAACAGUUGGGAGUCAAAUCAAAAACCUCAAGCCUGAGUCCUAAUUCACAUAACAUGGAGCACCAGAAAGGUAACGUGCUUUCUCUGCCUUUGAUGUUGCCUAAAGAAAAGAGAGGAAGCAAUGAAGCUGCCCUGAAGUUUCUUUCCUCUGCCAAGAAUUUCACUUCUUAUUUUCCUACAGAUGCUGAUGAAAGAUGUGCUGACUCAGCAAAUACAGAGGUCCAAAAUUGUGAGGAAAUCAACAAGGCGUUCAGCCCCGAGCAAAUGAUCACGGCUAAGAAUUUCUAUGCGGGAGCUUUGCUUCCACAUACCCUUCACAGGGCAACUUCCCUUCCUGUUGAUGCUGUAGAUGUCUAAAUAUAUUUUUGUGAUUUUCCU